CAAAACAAUGGCCGACUGUCAAGCUAGCGUGUGUCCUUUUAUGAUCUUUAUAAACGCUUAACAAUAGGGUUUCACGUGCUCUGUUUAAUUUCCUAUUUUGGGGAUGGAUAGAUUAUUUAAUACAUAUAUCUUUAAAGAGUAAGACUGCUGGAAAGCCCAGCUUUUCGUUACUAAAAUGAGCGAUGUGGUGGAAAAGACCCUGACAGCUCUGCCGAGUCUGCUGUCUUUAGACUCUCACUCUGGAUCUACAAAACUGUCCUCCUCCUCAAAACUGGGAAACCUCAUCAGAGGGAUCACCGAGUUGACGUCCAAACAUGAAGAGGAAAAACUUAUUCAACGUGAACUAGCCUCUAUCAAAGAGCAGGUGUCCUCUCCAAACACCUCCAUGAGGCAGAUGAAGGAGCUCAUGGUGAGAGCAAUCUACUGUGAAAUGCUGGGUUAUGAGGCUUCGUUCAGCUAUAUUCAUGCCAUCAAACUCGCUCAACAAGGCACUGCUCUGGAGAAAAGAGUCGGCUACCUCGCCGUCUCUUUGUUUCUCAACGAAAGUCACGAGCUGCUUCUUCUCCUUGUGAACACUGUAUUAAAGGAUCUUCAGAGCACAAAUCUUAUUGAGGUGUGCAUGGCUCUAACCGUUGUCAGCCAAAUGUUCCCCAAAGAUAUGAUUCCUGCAAUCCUUCCUCUGGUUGAGGAGAAACUUAAUCACCCAAAAGAAAUCAUUCGCAGAAAAGCAGUCCUGGCACUUUAUAAGUUCUACCUAAUAGCACCAAAUCAAGUUCAACACAUCCACAACAAGUUUCGUAAAGCUCUCUGUGACAAGGAUCCUGGCGUCAUGACAGCGUCACUACACAUCUACUUACAGAUGAUCCAGGAGAAUCCAGAAGGUUAUAAAGACCUGACAGCAAGUUUUGUCACCAUACUGAAGCAAGUAGUCGGAGGAAAACUGCCCAUGGACUUUAACUAUCAUAGUGUUCCUGCUCCCUGGCUCCAAAUUCAGCUUCUCAGAAUUCUGGCUUUUCUUGGGAAAAAUGAUCAAAGUACAAGUGAGAUCAUGUAUGACAUCCUCGAUGAGUCUUUACGAAGAGCAGAAAUAAAUCAUAACAUCACCUAUGCAAUAUUAUACGAGUGUGUAAAAUGCAUUUACACAAUUCAUCCCAAAUCUGAACUGUUGGAGAAAGCUGCUAAGUGCAUUGGAAACUUUGUUCUGUCAACAAAGAUUAAUCUCAAAUAUCUAGGGUUAAAGGCCCUCACCUAUGUGGUCCAGCAGGAUCCUAAGCUGGCCCUGCAGCAUCAGGUGACCAUCAUUGAGUGUCUUGAUCACCCAGACCUCAUCAUCAAGCGUGAGACACUGGAGUUGCUCUUUCGGAUCACUAACGCCCAGAACGUUACAGUCAUUGUCGAGAAGAUGCUGGAGUUUCUGCGCGUCAAUAAAGAUGACUACACUACCAUUGACCUGGUGGGCAAGGUGGCAGAGUUGGCAGAAAAAUAUGCACCAAACAAUGAAUGGUUCAUUGAGACCAUGAGCACAGUGUUUUCAGUUGGUGGAGACACGCUGCAGCCCGACAUCCCAAACAGUUUCCUUAAACUGCUUUCUGAGGGAUUUGACAGCGUGGAGGACGACAGGAAGUUGAGGCUGUUUGCUGUGGAUUCAUAUGUUUCUAUGCUGCAAGGAGAGCCUGGAAAACUGCCACAGCGCUUUCUCCAAGUCAUCAGCUGGGUCCUCGGGGAAUACUCCUAUCUGAGGGGGGAACUUGAAGCGGCAACAGUGCUGAAGCUGCUGGCCAAACUACUGGACAUGAAGAGCACGAGCAGUGAAACCAAGAACUGGGUCCUCAUGGCAAUGACCAAGGUCUGUGAGGGCAGGGUGGGUGUUUCUGUGGCCCAGGAGGUUUGUGAAACAUACAGCAGCUGCCUGGAUACAGCGCUGAGACAGAGGGCUCAAGAGCUGCAGCACCUCAGCCAAGACCCCGACCUGCGAGCAAAGGUGCUCCCUCGGGAUGCCGGCCCGGAGCCCUUGGAGGUGGAUUCCUCUCUGUCGUUCCUGGAUGGAUUCGUGUCGGAGGCGUUGGCAGCGGGCGCGGCUCCAUACAAGCCCCAACAUCAACGGCAGGAGGAGCUGGCUCAGGCAAAAGCGUUGAGCAUGGAGCCAUACGGCCUGCCCAUCAGCAUGUCCUCCUGCAGCAUCGCAGACAGACAGUCUCCUACUCUGUUGUCUGUAAGCUCUGGUCUGUCAGGUGAUAGCCCCGACCUCUGUCAAAAAGGAGGCUCUACGACUCUGAAGCUGGACGGUGUGAAGAGGGUGUGGGGGAGGCAGGGCUACCUGGUGCAGAGGGAACCUGUGGAGGAGCCUGACCUUGUUGAGGUUACCGGUCCCCUCCAGUCACCCAACCAGCACGGAGGGGCUGAGGGGCCCCCCAGCCAGACUCCCACUCCGAACCCGACCCCGCAGCCCGAACAAGAGAAACAGCAGCUGGCCUCUUCGCUGUUUGUCGGCUUGGGCUCCCAAAGCUCUCUGUGUCUGAUGGGGAAAUCUGAGCUGACGACACAGCGAUUCAGAAGAAAAGCAAAAGGUCCGGUCCUGUCCUCCGGUACCAGCGAGCAAAUAUCCAACUCCUUCGUCUCCGGUUCGAGCGUGGCCAAUAACUUGCUGUGCAACAACCUCCUGGACUCAAACAUCACCUCAGAAACGGCUGUUCCUUCACUCGAACAGACGUCCCAAACCUCCCACGGCGCCACUGCUGCAAACGGCGCCUGUGACGUAGAGUCAACGGACAGUGACAUGAAGGAAAAUUGCCCCUCUGUCAUUAGGGAUAACGGGCUGGUAGCUGCUGCUCCAGCUCCACGUGAAGGCCGAGACAAACUGAAAGACCUGAGCACUCAUCUUCCUGCAGAGUUCUCUGGACUCUGUCACUCAGAAAUCUCUCCUCUGGCCUCAAACCAAAGCCUGGAUGUCUCUGCCUGUCAUGUGCAGAAGGAGGACUCUUUAGCGCUGGUGGUUUUCAUGUACAACUCUUCUGACUCUGACAUUCCUCACAUACUACUAGAGCUCCACUCAGAGGAACUUGAGGUGUCCUGUGACUGUGACAGUCCGGGUCAGGAGGCGAGGAGCCACAGCGUAGCGGUGCGUCAGUACUCCCUGACGGUGAAGAAGCCUUCCGUCCACGUCGAAGUGGUCGGGGUGGUGUCUUAUCAACUUCCUGUUGGGACGUCUCAGUCGGUGCAGUUUUCAUACAAACUGCCUCUUGCCAGCUUCAUCAGACCUUUGACCGUGUCCACGGAGGAGUACGGGACAAUGUGGCUGGACUUCUCUCAUGAUACAAAGCAGAAGCUGACACCGAUAACUGUCGGCCAAGAACCUCUCAUGGACACUCUGAAUGUGCUAAAGAAGAAACUUAAGCUUCAUGUCGUGGAAAUCAUUGGAAUGGAAGGUAUCGUGGCUUGCCAAGUCCUCCGAGAUCAGCCGUGUCUGAUGCACUGCCGCCUGCACGCGGGGACGCUGUCCGUGUGGCUGCGCUCUCCGGUGCCCGACCUGCCCGACUGCCUGAUGUACCACUGUCAAAGAGCUCUACAGGAGCACUGAGCCUCUGAGUGUGCAGCGUGGACACCUGUCCUUCAAACACUAAGAAGAAGGUACACAGAGCUGAGCAUCUUUAUGUCACGGUGUAUUUCUUUAUUCUUCUCUCCCACUACAAGUUAAAAUUUAAAAUUUUUGUUCUUGGAACAUUUAUUUUUUUGGGGGGGAAUUGCUGGAAUAGUUCACAGGCUCACAGCUGUUUUGAAUGUCAUGGCUGGAAUAACCUCAGGGCCAAACAGCUGCGUUUUGAACCUGUGAGUGUUUUGCAUUUCAAAAUAACAAUAAUGUCUUAAAAAUGAUGACAGGGCUUCACUUGAAAACUUGAAUGGGUUUAAACAUGGUCGGUGGCUGAAAUGAAUUAAGCCGAUCAGACAAAAAGGUAAUUUAAUCAAUAGUGAUGAAAUAAGAAUAAUUUCUUUUUGCAUCUGAUGUUAGUUCUGAAAUGUUUUUAGAGAAGCACAGUGAAAAUAUUAAACCAGAUUAAUUUCAUCAUUACUUCUGGUGUGACGGACAUUCCCCCUUUGCGUCCCUCUCUGUAAUAUGGAUGGUAUUAUUGUAAUUAUUCUCUAACAACUAAUUGACUGCAGCAGUUACACGUAUUUCUGUCAUCUAUGAGGAGUGCUUUGACUUAAAUAAGCACCAUGUUCGUGCUGUUCAUCUGUCAUUGUGAUGAGGAGCAUUUCAGGUUCUCUCCUGUUUUGCAGAAGUUGUUUGAUAUGAUUGUCUAUGCAUUCAUUUUUUGGGGAGGGGUGGUUUUAGUGUGUAUGAUUAUUAUAUUUUUCUAUCAAUGCAGUAUUAGAAAUAUAUUUAUUGGAUUUAUAUUCUUACAGAAAAUAUUUUACAUGUUUUUUUUGUGGAAGAAAGACACUCCAUCUACUGUUUGAUCGUUCUGCGUCAGAUUUGACUUGUACAGCCUGUAUUAUUUAAUUCAUCCUGAAGAGAGAGUGUCCU